AUGCAUCAGUUCGCUCGUAAUCAGUCGGAGCAGAACAUUCAAAACAUCUGCGCAGUGACUAUGACAAAUUCUCAACUUGUUUCACGCAAGAGCACGGAAAGUUAUAUAACUGGUCGUAUGUUCCACAAUAACAGAGAGGCGAUGUUCAACAUGCUGAAGAUCCGGUGGUCUACCCUUCCGUCUCAAUGUGGCUACUCACAUUUGAGACGAGAUACAUAUUCUAGUGAAAAAUACUCUCUUUUCAGAAGUUCAAAUCAUUAUGCAUACGCUACCGUAGUGUUGAGUUUAUUGUUACAGUUCUCGGUAGACAGACUUUAA